UUUUUUUUUCUCACAAACGAUUUCUUUUCCCUUCCCCACUUAAAAAAAGAAUAAUUUUUAGUAUAUAAUUCGAUUUAAUAUUUUUUCCUUGACGUUUAUAAAAUAUUCUAGAAAUGAGCUCAAAAUUUUGUUCUGAAGAACAGCUCUUAACAAUAAAAAAAAUUAAUAGAGAUCAAUCAAGAAUAAUUGAUAGUAAACAGGCAAUUAUUGAGGAUCAAGCAAGAUUAAUUAAUACCCAACAGCAAUUAAUUGACAUGAUGUACGAAAAUAUUAAAACGCUGAAAGGUGAAAUUAAUAAAUUACAAAGUGAAGUAGAAGAUGAUGAAAGCAGUAGUCAAUAUCAGCGUCGAAAUCAUUAUCAUAAUCAUUAUCAUAAUCAACGUCGAUAUCGUCAAAAUACUAGUCAUGGUUCUGAACAUUCUAUCGAAAAUGUAUCAUCGAAUGAUCUUGAACAUGAAGAUAGAUAUGAAAAUAACGGAGAUAGUGAGCAUAAUGGAUAUAGAGUACUUCUCCGAAAUAUUAAAAAUUCAAUUUCUCUCAAAAUGGUGAAAAAUCAACUUGAAAGAGCUUAUGGUCCAAUAUAUGACAUUGAACCAGAUCAACAAAACAAAAGUCUUGCGUAUGCUUAUUUUGAGAAUCUACAACAUUCUUCCAAAGCUCUUGAAGAUGGACGUAUUAAAGUUGAUGCCGUCAAUGUAAUUAUAUCGAGCAAAUAAGUUUCUUGGAAAUUUCGCAUUUCAUUUAUGUGCCUUGAUCUUUUUUUUUUUUUGAUCUAUUUUUUGUGUAUUCGUUAAUCAUUAAAAAGAAAGAUUAUGUAAUUACAUUUUAAUAUCCCAUAAUAUUCUUUGUU